AUGAGCUGCUUCGAGGAGGAGGGCGGCUGGAGCGUGUCCUUCAGCGGCGCCGCCUUCCUGGGCCUCUACCACGUGGGCGCCACGCACUGCCUGCGGGAGCGCGCCCCGCGCCUCCUCCGGGGCGCCCGCCGCAUCUACGGCUCCUCCGUGGGCGCGCUCAACGCCGUCUGCGUCGUCAUGGGCCAGUCCGUCGAGUUCUGCUGCGUCCAGCUGCUGGGCCUGGCCAAGCAGGUGGAGCAGCUGAGCCUGGGCGUGCUCCACCCCGCCUUCUCGCCCAUCGAGCACAUCCAGCGGCAGCUGCAGUCCUUCCUGCCCCCCGACAUCCACAUCCUGGCCUCCCGGCAGCUGGGCAUCUCCCUGACUCGCUGGCCCGACGGCCAGAACGUCAUCGUCACCGACUUCGCCUCCCGGGACGAGGUCAUCCAGGCCUUGAUCUGCUCCCUGUACAUCCCUUUCUACUGUGGGGUGAUCCCCCCCAAAUUCAGAGGGGAGCGCUACAUUGACGGGGCUCUGAGCAACAACCUGCCGUUCGCGGACUGCCCCCGCACCAUCACCGUGUCGCCCUUCAAUGGGACGGUGGACAUCUGCCCCCCCAGCGCCUCCGCCAACAUGCAGGAGCUGAACGCCUUCAACGCCAGCCUCCAGAUCUCCACCCGGAACUUCCUCCUGGGCUUCCUUUGCCUUGCCUCGCCCAGCUCCGAGGUGUUGACCCACUACUGCAGACAAGGCUAUCUGGACGCCCUGAGGUUCCUGGAGAGACGCGGACUCACCCAGGAGCCGGUGCUGUGGACGCUGGUAUCAAAGGAGCCCCCGGCCCCCGCCCCCGGGACCCAGGACACUGGCCCAAGCCGAGGCCAGAGGGCGGGCCUGUCGCUCAACUGGGCAGUGCCCCACGUGCUGGUGAAGGACGUGCCCAACUUCGACCAGCUGUCGCCGGAGCUGGAGGCCGCCCUGAGGAAGGCGAACAGGAGUGACCCCAGGCCCUGGGCCCGCUUCCGCCAGUCCGGGCCCGGGAAGGCGCUGGCCUACCUGCUGCUGCCCUGCACGCUGCCCUUCGAGUUCGUCUACUUCCGGGGCCGGAGGCUGGCCCUGUGGCUGCCGGACAUGCCCGCUGACCUGUGGUGGUUGCAGGGCGAGCUGAGGCGCGCGGUGCUCUGGGUGUGCUCCAGGAUGAGGGACCAGCUCCUCGGACAGCUCAGCUCACCUGUCGCCAGCCCCCUCCCACCGGAGGCAGCUCCUGCCAAGGACCCGGCCCAGAAGCCCAUGCCCCCUGCCCCUCAGGCCUGA